CCCAUUUCGGCCGGCUGCGUCCCAUUCCCCUCAUAACCCACCCACAACGACAUCAUCUUUCUCUUCUUUCCAUUACAUUCUCAUCUCUCUAAAAUACAAUCAAAGUAGAAAUGUCGAACGACUCUCAGCUCGCCGAUGUUGGCCUUAUUGGUCUGGCCGUUAUGGGCCAGAACCUCAUUCUUAACAUGAAUGACAAGGGCUUCAAGGUUGUCGCCUACAACCGUACCACCUCCAAGGUCGACAACUUCCUUGCCAACGAGGCCAAGGGCACCAACAUUGUCGGCGCCCACUCGAUCCAGGAGCUUUGCUCCAAGCUUAAGCGCCCUCGCCGCAUUAUCCUCCUCGUCAAGGCCGGCCAGGCCGUUGACGACUUCAUUGCCCAGCUUGAGCCUUACCUCGAGAAGGGUGACAUCAUCAUUGACGGUGGUAACUCGCACUACCCCGACACCAUCCGCCGCUGCAAGGAGCUCGAGGCCAAGGGCCUCCUCUUUGUCGGCUCGGGUGUCUCGGGUGGUGAGGAGGGUGCCCGUAACGGCCCUUCGCUCAUGCCCGGUGGCUCGGAGGCUGCCUGGCCCGCUAUCAAGGAGAUCUUCCAGAAGACCGCCGCUCAGGCGUUCGGUGAGCCCUGCUGCGACUGGGUCGGCGGCACCGGCUCGGGCCACUACGUCAAGAUGGUCCACAACGGUAUCGAGUACGGAGACAUGCAGCUCAUCGCCGAGGCCUACGACAUCCUCAAGCACGGCCUUGGCCUCCCCACCGACGAGAUCGCCGAGAUCUUCGCCAAGUGGAACACUGGUGUCCUCGACUCGUUCCUGAUUGAGAUCACCCGCGACAUCCUCCGCUUCAAGGACACCGACGGCGAGCCCAUUGUCGACAAGAUCCUCGACAAGGCCGGCCAGAAGGGUACCGGCAAGUGGACUGCCAUUGACGCCCUUGACCAGGGUAUCCCCGUCACCCUCAUCGGCGAGUCGGUCUUCGCCCGCUGCCUCUCUGCCCUCAAGGACGAGCGUGUCCGCGCCUCCAAGGUCAUCCCCGGCCCCCCCAAGCAGCCCUUCCAGGGCGACAAGCAGCAGUUCAUCGACGACCUUGAGCAGGGCCUUUACGCCUCCAAGAUCAUCUCGUACACCCAGGGCUUCAUGCUCAUGCGUGAGGCUGCCGUCGUCAACGGCUGGGACCUCAACAACGCCGGCAUUGCUGCCAUGUGGCGUGGUGGCUGCAUCAUCAAGUCGGUCUUCCUUUCCGACAUCACCGCUGCCUACCGCGCGGACCCCAAGCUCGAGUCGCUUCUCUUCGCUCCCUUCUUCCAGAAGGCCCUUGAGAAGGCUCAGCCCGGAUGGCGCCGUGUCAACGCCCAGGCUACCCUCUGGGGUAUCCCCAUCCCUGCCUUCGGCACUGCCCUCUCGUUCUUCGACGGCUACCGCUCCGAGAUUGUCCCUGCCAACCUUAUCCAGGCCCAGCGUGACUACUUCGGUGCCCACACCUUCCGUGUCCUUCCUGGCAAGGAGAACGACCACCUCAAGGCCGGCGAGGACAUUCACGUCAAGUGGACCGCGACCUCGGGCAACGUCUCGUCGUCGACCUACAACGCUUAAGUUUAGUGUCCUUGUGUGUAAAAUUGGAUGCUGUAGUGACUUGCCAUUGGCAAAGAUGCAAUGGGGAGUGAUUUAUUAGCAGA